AUGGUCCUCGAGGCGGUGAUGGUUGUCGUGGACAACAGCGAGAGCAGCAGAAAUGGCGACUACCAACCGACCCGGUUCGACUCACAAGUCGAUGCCGUCAACGUCCUCUUCCAAAGCAUCACGCAAGGCAACCCGGAGUCGUCGGUCGGCCUGAUGAGCAUGGGCGGCAAGGGCCCGGAGGUCCUGGUGACGCUCACCACCGAGCAGGGCAAGAUCCUUGAGGGCCUGCACCGGACCAAGAAGAAGAUUGGCGGAUCGUCGCACCUGAAGACGGGAAUCCAGGUGGCCACGCUCGCCCUCAAGCACCGCCAGAACCGAUCCCAACGACAGCGGAUAAUAGUCUUCAUCUGCUCGCCGAUCGAGGAGGACGAGAAGGAGCUCACACAGCUCGCCAAGAAGAUGAAGAAGGGCAACAUCUCGGUCGACUUUAUCCUGUUUGGAGACCUCGACGACGACGACACGCAGACGAAACUGCAGGCCUUCAACGACGCCGUCAAGGGCAGCGAGGGCUCGCACCUCGUCGUCAUCCCGCCGAGCAGCAAGCUACUUAGCGACCAGCUCGUCGCGACGCCGAUCCUCCUGGGCGAGAAUGCUUCUGGUGCCGGCGGCGCUGGCGGCUCUGGCGGCGGCGGUGAGGAAUUCGAGUUCGGCUUCGACCCGGCGCUGGAGCCCGAGCUGGCGCUGGCCCUGCGCAUGAGCAUGGAGGAAGAGAAGGCACGCCAGGAGAAGCGGGCACGUGAGGAGGAGGAGGCGGCCAAGAAGGCGUCGUUGGAGGGCGUCAAGGAAGAGGACGAGGCCGGCGGUAGCGGCAGCGGCAGCGGUGCGCAGAACGGAGACAAGAAGGACAGUGGCGACAAGAUGGACACGACGUAA